AGCCAGCCAACAUGGCGGCGGGCUCCGCGUCCUCCCUGGGUGGCGGCGCGUGGCCCGGCUCCGAAGCCGGCGACUUCUUGGCCCGCUAUCGGCAGGUGUCCCACAAGCUCAAGAAGCGAUUCCUGCGGAAGCCGAACGUCGCCGAGGCCGGGGAGCAGUUCGCGCAGCUGGCCCGUGAGCUGCGCGCCCAGGAGUGCCUGCCCUACGCCGCUUGGUGCCAGCUGGCCGUGGCGCGCUGCCAUCAGGCGCUCUUCCACGGGCCCGGGGAGACGCUGGCCCUCACCGAGGCCGCCCGACUCUUCCUGCGGCAGGAGUGCGACGCCCGCCAGCGCCUCGGCUGUCCGGACGCCUGUGGCGAGCCUCUGCAGGCGGCCGCCAGCGCCCUGGGCGCCGCCGUGCGCCUUCACCUCGAGCUGGGCCAGCCCGCCGCCGCCGCCGGUCUGUGCCUCGAGCUGGCUGCCGCCCUUCGCGCCCUGGGCCAGCCGGCCGCCGCCGCCGGUCACUUUCAGCGCGCUGCCCAGCUGCACCUGCCCCUGAUGCCGCUAGCCGCGCUGCAGGCGCUCGGCGACGCCGCCUCCUGCCAGCUGCUGGCGCGCGACUACUCCGGCGCCCUGGCGCUCUUUACACGCAUGCAACGUCUGGCACAGGAGCACGGCGGCCACCCGCUGCAGCACCCCGAGCCUCCUGGGCCCCAACCGCCCGCGUCGGGACCCCAGCCGAGACCUGGCUCGGCCCCGACUCUGCCCCUCCCGCUGCUCCCGGACCAAGCCCCAGGCUCUGCUGCGCCCUCUCCACGCACACUGGGUGCCUUCGCAGACAUCCUUGUCAGGUGCGAGGUGUCCCGCGUGCUGCUGCUGCUGCUCCUGCAACCACCGCCUGCCAAGCUGCUGCCCGAGCAUGCCCAGACCCUGGAGAAGUACUCCUGGGAGGCUUUUGACAGCCACGGCCAGGAUAGCAGCGGCCACCUUCCCGAGGAACUGUUUCUGCUAUUGCAGUCCCUGGUCAUGGCUGCCCACGAAAAGGACAUAGAAGGCAUCAAGAAGCUGCAGGUGGAGAUGUGGCCGCUGCUGACCGCUGAGCAGAACCACCUUCUUCACCUUGUUCUGCAGGAAGCCGUCUCUCCCUCGGGCCAGGGGGUCUGAAAAGUCACCCGAACCAAACAACCUUUCCUCCUGGUACCAACUUGUUUCAUCUUUGGGGACAGGUGAUGGAAGAUCUUGUGGUCUUGCUUCUGUGUUUUUCUCGAUUCUAUUGCCACCGUGGUAGUUUAGCUGUGCUUGCCUAGCUUGUUACAUAAAUUAGUGCCCUCCAGGUCCAUGCAUACUGCCUCAAACGAGGUAAAUUCAUCCCAUCCUUAAGUCUGAAGGAGACUGCACUGUGUAACAAUCUGCUUUCUUUAUGCGCUGGUCAGUUGCUGGAUACUGUGUUGCUUCAUUUCCCUGGUUGUUCUAAGUAUAGAGACAAUAAACACAGGAGGACAGGUGUUAAAACAACAACAAAAACAAGAGUCUGAUGUGGGGUAAAGACCUAGAAGAUCGGAGAGCCAGGAGCAGCCGCCAGUGGCUUCCUUCCUUUCUCGGUCCUCAGUUGGAAAGGGAUGAGGUCCCAUCUCCACAGUGCUAGGAUUAAAGGCCUGUGCCACCACUUCCCGGCUUCAAUGGUUAACUAGUGGCUAGCUCCACCCUCUGAUCUUGUCAGAACACAAAAUAUCACAAAACCAAAAUGGACUCUGAUUGUAUGUCCCUACGGAACCGCACACCUAAGAUCCAAAUGUGGCUGGGUAUGUUAUUAUUUGCCUUUAAUCCUAGCACUGGAGAGGCAGCAUGGAGUACCUUUACUGUGAGGUUUACUGUGAGGCUAGCCUGAUCUACAUAAGGAGUUCCAAGCAAGCCUGAACUACAUAGGGAGACCCUGUCUCAAAAACAAAGUAAAUUUCAUGUGUGUUUUCACCAAAACACCUUUUGCUUCAAGACAGCAGCGUCUUACCUAGUGUGACUUAGGCUGUGUCGGAAUUCACUGUAUAUCCAGGCCGACCUCAAACUCAGGAUCCUACUGCUCACACCUCCAGAGGACUAGGAAUGCAGCCGUGUGCUAGCACGCACAGCCUUGCGGUUUACCACAACUUUGGCUACAUAGUGAGACCCUGUCUCAAAAUAUAUACGCUAUUUAUUUAUUUAUUGGUAGUGUGUGUGUGCACUCGCACAUGCACACACUCAUGCCACGGUGCCUGCCUGAAAGUCAGCGGACCACUUGCCAGAGUCGCUUCUCUCCUUCCACUGCAAGAGGCCUGGACAUCAAACUUAGAUAAUCAGGCUACACAGCCAGCUCAGAGUUUACCAUAACAAUGCUUGCCCAGCAGGCACCAUUCCUAGCAACCUGAAAAACAAAACAAACGACAGCAAAACAGGUGUAGGGACCCACACCUGCAGUCCCAGCACUCAGUAGUUCAAAGGAUCAAAAACCCUGCACACAAAGGUUGAGGCUGCAGAAGGCCGCAUUUCAAAGAGAAAGGACAUGGGUUUCUGGGCAAAAAGUCUUCCGGAUCUUUUAGGGUCAGUCCCAGCAGGACUCAGUGGCAGGAUGACUGUCUGUGGGCUGUUUCGUCAGUAGUAAGUUGAUGAUGGGACAGUCACUGUGGUCCGGCUGGCGGAAUGAACAGAGAGCUCUUGGAAAUUGGUGGGUUUUCUUGGAGAGAGGUUACAGUGGCACACUGGCUUGUCUCUGCCUUUUUUGAGUCUCAGGGUCUGUGAGGGUUUUUCUGGUUAUCAGCUUUUGAGACAGCAGGUGGCGAUGCUUAGCAAACUUGGACACUGACAAGAAACCUGAAACUCUGAACUUGGGAAUUGGUCACCUAUAGCCUAGUAACCACCUACCUUUAUGACCACAGCCAAAUACGGUUUGGGACAUUGUUAAAGUCCAGCCUCAAGAUAGCUUGUAUGUUCUAGGGUAGGAGCGUGGGGAUUAGAAUUAUUAAGCAAAAGGAACAGAAGUGAGAGAAAUAAAAGAAACACAGAAUAGCAUCGGGAGGGACAUUCAGUGAGCACUGGAUCCUGAACCCUUUAUUUUCCACAGGUUUAUAUACUUCAUUCCAAAAGGGGAGCAGGGAGGCAACAGACUUCAUUAACAUGAUGUAAGGGAUAGACUUGAAUUUUCUGACCUUUAUAAAGUCCAAGUGGAGUGGAUCCAUCUCUACACCCCAAAUGCUAAUUAACCACACCCUAGGUCAGAAUCUCUUGUUUGUAACACCUGUUGUCAACAACUUUGAAAGAGCAAAAAUAAGCUAAACUCUCUGACCUCCAGUCAAGGUGGAACAGGCUCACAUCUGAGGUCCCCACAAGACAUAGGACUUUUCUUCCUAUUUAAGUUUUUGGGAGCUCCUCAGUGGGUCCCAGGAAGGAAGGCAGAUCAUAUGAGUGUGUGUGUGUGUGUGUGUGUGUGUGUGUGUGUGAGUACGUGCAUGUGUGCUCAUGCUCGCUACCUGGAUUCCAAUUCCAAAUGCCUCUGGAAUGCUGUUCUGCCAAAGUCCUGGGUGGAGGCCACCUGAAGUCUUUCUGGAGCCAUGAAGAAAUCCAGAUGCAUCCCAGAGCUUGCUCCGCCUUCAGUAGCUCUGCACACAGGGCCUUCGGUAGUUCUGCCAGCUCCUUAUGGUACUAAGUUUGCCAGCUUUCCUCAGAAAGCUGAAUUCGAAUCCAGCAGCCAAAUUUAAAUCCGGCACUUGGGAGGCAGAGAUAGGAGGAUCUCCAAGUUCCAGGCCAACCUGGUCUACAAAGUGGGACUGAAAUCACAGGACUGGUUCUAGAGUAGCUCGGACUCUGAAGCCUUCAGGGGUCGGCACACUGGUCUCUGGUCACCUUGUUUGCCUCCGCUUUGCCUUUCUUCCUGUGCUCCGGUUUAUACAGUUUAACUUCACGUAUGUGGUUGGGAAACAGCCUUGAAUCCUUCUGUGGAACAGUGCAGGGAACAAGUCAACAGAAAACCCCAUCUCCAAAGGAUUAGAUGCUUGAUACUGGCGGAGCCACACGUUAGUAUAGAAACUGUCUUCUCUGGGUGGCCAGAACAUGAAAGCACUGGUGGAGAAAGGACGAAAGGACGAACUUCCAGAGCAAGGUGGCAGAGCCCCCCUGGCCUGAACCUCUGGCAGCCAGGAUUCCUGAUGCAGAACCCCUCGAUGGGUAUGUCUUUGUGAUCUUUCUCCAAACCUACCACUAGAGGGCGUAUAAGUCCGUAAGGCCAGACAAUGAUUUUUCUAAAAAAGAAAGCUGUGAGGGUUAGGAAGUGGCUGGGGGUAGAAUGCUUGUAUAACAUGGCAAAGUCCCUGAGUUUGAUCCCCCAACAGCAUAAGUGCAUGAUCGUGUGUGCACACACACAGAAAGCUGACAUAAUCAAAACGUAAACAUAAAAGAGCACAGAACUGCUGA